GGCGGGAGGGCUAAAAGAAUGUUAGCUGGAUCGUGUGAGGCUUUGUGAGUGGAGCAAUGGGGAACAAGCUAAGCUGUUCCUGUGCCCCGCUUAUCAGGAAAGCCUACCGGUACGAAGACUCACCUUGGCAGAAUGCCAGAAGGCGAGAUGGACAUCUGCUCAGAUUAUGGGCGGAGGUUUUCCAUGUGAGCGCGGCGAGUGGAGCUGUGAAGUGGCAGCAGGUUUCGGAAGACCUGGUUCCUGUCAACAUCACCUGUAUACAGGACACUCCAGACUGUGUCUUCCACAUCACAGCUUACAACUCUCAGGUUGAAAAAAUUCUCGACGUCCGUCUUGUACAGCCAGGAACGCGAUUGGGUCCAGCCUCAGAGUGUUUUGUUUAUUGGAAGGAUCCUGCAACAGGUGAUACUUGGGGUCUUAAUUUUACUUCUCCUAUAGAUGCAAAGCAGUUUCGAGAAUGCUGUUCCCCUUCAUUCAAAUUUUCAAGAAAAGCUUCCUCAUCUUACUCUCUGAAACUUGAACCACCUAAGCAACAAAAGACGAAAGGAAAGAGAAAGCCACAAUCGACACCCAGCUCGCCUUCUCGCAGUCGAGAGUUGCAAUGCACCUGCAUGACGGCGGAGAACCUGCACCGGGCUCGCAAUGGGCGAGUCCGCUACACGGGCGCCGCCACCCUGCCGCGAGUGCAGCCACGUUCCGUGGACGACUACAAGAUCUCCUACGACAACCGCAGUCGUGUCCAGACGCACGCAUCGACAAGCUCCGUAUACGACAACGUGGGAGCUGCGUCGUUACGCCGAGGAGUUACAACAGCCAGUGUCCACGGCCACAAGUUCAGCAGGUUGGACCAAAAUAUUUCCUCGACAUCUACUACAUCUGCGACGACUACAAGCACGACGUCAGCAAAUACCACCGUUAAAACCUCUUUACAAGAUAGGAUAUCAGACGUCGGAUCGUCAGACAGACAUCAACAAGAUCGGAUGGGUAAUCGAUCCGAUCAAGCACGACAGCUGUAUGCGCAGUCCACGCGAAAGGAACAGGCCAAGAGCAUCGACUGCAGUCUAAUGGCUGAGCGCAGGGAAAGGCCUCGAACUGAAGAACUACAACCUCAGUCUCGCAAUAAAUCAAAAAGCUCGGACAAUGUCUUCGAGCAAUCGAAGGUGGAUGUUCCAGGUCUCAGCUUAGACAGCAACACUUUGAAAAGAAUGCUUCAUCCUCUACCUUUUAAUUCUACCCACAGUUCACCAGAAGGAGAGAGUGAAUCUGUUCUCACGGAAAGACUUGUAAGAAAGCUCAAAGAGAAUGAAACACACGAAAUACCUCAAAGUUAUCUCGAUAUACUUCGAAGCAGACACUACCGGUCCGAAACUGGACGACGUCGAAGCUUGGAGAGAAGUUUGUGCCUGGAUAUGACGGACGUCGAUCAAUCGCCGCCUUCCGACCAUUUUCUCUACGACAAUUAUGUCUACGCCACAACGCCCAGUUCCAGCAAUGAGAACAGUGAUGCUGGAGGACAAUGUGUUAGUUCUGAUGAAGGGCCUGGUCACCACGCCCCUACCCACACACCUAGCUCACCUACUAAUAGGCUCUUGCUUGAGUAUGAAAUGCACCUGCGCAACGCCUUAGCUCGGGGGCUCGACGCCGAGAGCUAUAGCCUACAUACCUUUGAAGCCUUACUUACUCAGAGCAUGGAAAAUGUCGUUGCUUUAAUGCGUGAGGUACAUGCCGAAUUGGAGGCCAUCAGGCAGGAGGAGAGAAACAUCAGCCACCCAGAUGGAAUGACCGGAAAUGUUGAAAAAAGGUCUAAGUGCAAUACUUUGCCGUUGCCGCCUUUCAGUCGCCAUCCUGUAGUAUCAAUGGAGGGUUUGUCAGCAGGCAGUUCCUUCGAAUUCAAUCCUCCAGCUUCUGUUCCACAACAACCCUCUAUAGAAAGCACCGAUUCCCGAAUCUACCUCACCUCCUCAGAAAUGUCAGACGAUGAUCGUCUAUCACUAACAACAGCUCUGAGUGAAGAGGAAGACGGCGAAGCCAGAAAUUCUCCCUAUAGAGCUAGAUCCGGAUCGGCCGCUGCAUCGUUCAACUGCACGGGAACGGUACGAAAAGCUGGGUUCCUCAGCGUUAAGAAGUGGCUAUUACGUAAAAAACAACAGGUGGAGCUUGCUCGGAAGAGAGGUUGGAAGGGAUAUUGGGUAUGUCUGAAGGGCACGACGCUGCUGUUCUAUCCUUGUGACAAUAGGGACAACAGGGCAAUAGACAGCGCUCCCAAACACCUCAUCAUAGUGGAUGGAGCUAUCAUGCAACCUAUACCAGAACAUCCAAAAAGAGAUUACAUCUUUUGUCUUAGCACAGCAUUUGGCGACGCUUAUUUAUUUCAGGCACCUUGUCAUGUCGAACUAGAGAACUGGAUUAAUAGCAUCCACUGCGCAUGUGCUGCAGCUUUCGCAAGGCAUCGUGGGAAAACUGGGACUCUGCAUUUGCUACAAGAGGAAAUCUUCCGGUUGGAAAAGGAAAUUGAAUCGGACUUUAAAAUGAAGCACAUGGCAGAGUUGCAGCUUACCGUAGUGGCCGACGCGGACAGCAGAGAAACGUUGACCAAUCAAAUAAGCCAGUGGGAGGAGAACAUGGAGCGGUUGCACUGUGAACAGUUCCGCUUGCGGUGUUACAUGUCUUCCUUACAGAAUGGAGAACUUCCUAACCCAAAGAGUUUAUUGACUCAUGUAUCCAAAGCAACAAAAGCUACUUUGAACAAAUUAGGUGUAUUUACCGUUUCCUCUUUCCAUGCCUAUAUCUGUGCCCGAAGUCCUUCCUUGCUCACUAACCUUCUUUCCGGUAGAGGUGCCACUAAAAGAAGAUCUCUAUCCAGAUCCAAUAGCGGAAGACGGUCCCUCAGUCUUACAACAACUUCAAGUUGCAGUUUAGAUUUGCCGUCUAUGCCUGAAAGGUCAAUCAAGAUACAGAUUCCUGAUAAUCAGACUGUAUCCACCACAUCUUUGAAUGUUAGAGAUAAUAUGAGUGUAGAGGAAGUACUAUGGAGCGCAUGCGCCAAAAAGCAGUUGUCUCCCAAUGAUCAUUUCCUUCGAGCAAAGAAGCGGAAAGAUGUGGACGAGUAUUUUGUUCCUCCGAGAACAGAAGUCAUAGAAAAUCUCAUUAAUCAAUACGAAGUGCUUGAAGUGUGUCCUAAAGUGCUGUAUCAGGUGGAACUUGGUCGCCAAAGUCUCGAGCAGUUAUUCGGUUUCAGCGUAGAGGCAGAGCUGGUAGAAAAUGUAGAUCACCAAGACGAGCUCUGCGUCUACGUCAGCAGAGUAGAAGAGGGUAGCGUUGCUUAUCAACAAGGUUUAAUGAAAGGAGACGAGAUCAUGGUGAUCAAUGGUGCCAUCGUCAGCGAUUUGGAUAUGAUGUACAUCGAAAGCAUCUUACAAGAGGAGCAAUCUCUUUGUAUGAUGAUGAGAUCAUCGAGGACUGAGCCUCCAGAUCUGGCUAGUGCGAUGAGAACUACCACAGACGAUUACAUUGAAUCUUUGGUAUGUCCUCCCCCACCUGGAGACUCUGUUAUCUCGGAGGACAUGAUUGGAAAACUCAUAGUUCCCUCUCCUAUUUGGUGCAAGGAAGGGGGCACUUUGCUCAAAACGGCACAAUCCAGUUCUAUUGAGAGAUCUCCGGAAACAUCUGGUCGGCCGACUCCAUCUCCUGUUCCAAACGCAGAUACAUCUGCUCUUUCCGUAGAUCAAAUCGAUAGUAUCUUGAAGGUAAUUGAAGAUUCAUGCAAAAAGACUGCGGAUACUGUGACAGAAUACUGUCGUGCUCCUUUGGAAAGACGAAGUUCCAGUAUAGGAGGCGCCAGCAGUACAGGCAGCAGUGGAUCUGCUAGUAUACCGUUCAUCCCUUCAAGGCAGUUAUCGGAUGGCGAAAAAUUACGGAAAGUCAUUAUGGAGCUGAUAGACACAGAGAGAACUUAUGUUAAGCACUUAAAUAGUCUAUUGGAGCACUAUCUGGAGCCGAUGAAGAAAGAAACCUUCCUAUCGAAUGCUGAAAUUAAUGCACUUUUCGGAAACAUACAAGAAAUUGUGCAGUUCCAAAGAGUGUUUCUCCAGAGCUUAGAAGAGGCGAUUUCUGCGGAACCGGAUUUCGCUAAAUUCGAGCUUCCUUCCCAAUUCAAGAACGUUUUGUUCGCAUUGGGAAAUUCUUUUCUGUACUAUGCAGAUCAGUUCAAGUUGUACAGUUCAUUUUGUGCUAGUCACUCAAAGGCUCAGAAAGUGCUUCAUCCAGGCGAGGGGAACGCGGCUCUCGUGGAAUUCUUGCAAUCACGUAACCCUCGAGGUCAGCAUUCCUUCUCAUUGGAGUCCUACCUCAUCAAGCCGAUACAGCGGAUACUCAAAUACCCAUUGCUUCUGCAACAGCUCAAGCACCUCACGGAUCCGACGUCGGAGGAGCAUCAACAUCUUGCAGAGGCUCUAAAAGGAAUGGAACGGGUCGCUGAACAUAUAAAUGAAAUGCAAAGAAUUCACGAAGAAUACGGAGCAAUCUUUGAUCAUUUACAUCGACAACAUCUAAAAUCAUCUAAACAGCACGUAGAUCUCAGCCCAGGCGAAUUACUGUUCUACGCUGGCGUAGAAUGGCUCAAUAUUUCAGAAUUUUUAGGAAAAAUCAAAAAAGGUUUAGAAUUAUAUGCAAUGUGCUUCGUUUUUAAGACAGCUGUUGUAUUCCUUUGCAAAGAAAAGAUACGGCAGAAGAAAAAAUUAAUGGGAAGUUCCAGUAAAAACAGCACAUCCGAAGUUGAAAUAAUUCGCUAUCAAGUGUUGAUACCUGUCACGGAAGUGCAAGUGAGAUCGAGUACACUGAAGGACGGGGACUCUCUUUUCCUAUGGGAGCUCAUACACCUAAAAUCUCAGCUUCAGAGAAGAUCUGAGAAGGUGUACCAGCUUUCAAACAGUGCGGCCGAGCUUAGGAACUCUUUCCUGCGAACAAUACGACAGAUUAUCCGGGAAAGCGUCCGGAACAUGACAGUUCCUGCCACGAAAUCUAGCGGAGCUCGAGAGAAGUCCCCUCAUUCUAAGAAAGUAGAUGGUCAGAGUAUGACAAGGACACUGAGUACUAAGAAGAGAUCAGCUCGACAUUCACAGAGGCAUUCCGCGGGUCAUUUUGACCGAGAUUAUACAACGGAGACUUAUGACAAUGUUGAUCCCAACUUCCGGACUCGAAGUCGAACCGUAGCAGAUGGUAUGGACGACAUGAGUAGCUCAGUCAGGGAUCUUAGAGAUUCGCGUGGACAUUCGCCCUCGACAUUAGAUUCCGAAAAAUCCGAGAGAUCGGACAGAUCGGACAAAUCAGAUAAGUCGGACAAAUCCGAAAAAUCUGACAAAUCCCACGAUGGCAGCAGUAGCGGUGGCAGUGGUAAACUCAAACCUGGGAACUUAGGAACUCCCAGAGCUCUGAGUCUCAGCGCGACAUCAUCGCUGUCCAAUUCCAGUAUGGGCAGUUCCUCCGCUAAGCUCAUUCAAUCGAGCAACCCGCCGUCAAAUUACCACCCACAGACGGUGCAAGCAAGUUCCCCUAUAUGGAAGCCGCGCGAGAACUCGUUCGACAAAGCUUCGACGCUCCCAGCUAGCUAUAAAGGUAAAGAUUCGGAGACCAAGCAAUACUUUGUGUACGACGAAUACGGGGCUCCGUUGUAUGUCAUCCCACCGACUGUUCCGAAAAAGGAUCAACCACCAGCCAGCAUGUCGAGCAAACAAUCGGACUGCUAGCACAGGAAUCGUUAGUGCCAGAGUUGCCUUGUCACAAGUACGGGAGAUUUAGGUAAUAUUUUUCAAAAGGAGAUGUGUUUUAGUCUCUUACAAAUAUUUGGUGCUGUAACUAAAAAACCCCAAAGUCUUAUAUGGACCUCGUGUGUCAAUUGUUUUCGUAAAUGCGCACUGGAAGAAAUCGGGAUCCCUACUUCUUCAAGAGGGUGCCGUGUUCCUGAGGUUUUUAAAUAUCGCUCAGAGAGUAUCUUCGCGGAAUAUUUUUAAAACGGAGUCGUUGAUCCAAAGCGGCCUCCGCGAGGAAAAGGAAGAGAUUUUGUUUAUCACUGCAUUUAUUCAACCAUAUCGCUCCUGUCUGUUCUCAGUCAUAUUUGUGAACUGUUUAUGAAAUUUAGUCCAGUAACUUUGUAUUGCUGUACCUGACGUUGGUCAAAGAGAGAACUACUUGAGCACUAAAAACAUCUCUAUAUUCCUCGGUCCUCGAGACGUCAUUGAUACUACUUUUGUCUCCAUAUCAUAGAGGUCGUAAAGGAUUCAAUUAUUAUUAUUAUUAGAAUGUAUGACACGGGCAGUUGGUUCAUAGAUAAGAAAAAAAAAUAGAUUUAAAGAUA